AACCAUUUCUUGGCCUGGCGUCUUCUGAACAAGUUGGAUUCUAAGACAAGAGUUCAGUCGUUAGAAGAAUUUCAAGGGACAAAACUACGACAUAGUGAUUUCAAAAGUGUCAUCUAGAAUUGAUUUAUCCCUGUUUCGAUAUAUUAUUAGCUGAAUUUCUACUCCUAUGUAUGAAUUUGGCGAAAGUGUAAUGAGUGGUGUUCAAUUCGAAUUUUUCGAAAAAGGUGGUGAAUAAGAGAGUUUAAGUGGCCGGCAACAUGACUCUAAGCUUGUGUUCGAAAAAAAUUGAAUAUGGAUGCUGCUAAAGUGCUUUUGCUGGUCUCAACACAGCUUCCAUUUUAUUAGUGUCUGCGGGACCUCGGGAGUUCAAGGUUCCAAGGCCAGCUUCCAUAAACAAAAAGAACACAAACACACCACGAGGACAUUAUCCAGUCUGACUGAUCGAUAAAGCGAAAAAAUUCCUACCCCCUGAAUCCCUGAUGCCGUUCUUCACUGCCAAGUCAUAUCUUAUUCAGUAGUGGUCAUCCUUUCUCGAAAAUAAAAAGGAUAUAGAUUCCGCCAUGUUUCAGUCGCUGGUGUGGAUCAUUAGCAUUUGUUCAGUAUGUUUGGCACAAACCGAAAGCGGCCAGCCAGCCCUCGUAUUCACGGCCGACAUGAAUCAGCAGGUCGUCUCCGAGACUACGCAGACGGGCACAGUGGUCUAUACACUACGAGCCUCGCCCUCCGGCGGAACCGAGCUCGUGAAAGGUGACGAAAGCGGAUUGAGCAACGUCACCAGCAACAAUCUCCGGUUCUUCAUUCGCGGCACGGAAGCUUUCGUCGUCAACGAGGCGACCGGAGAAGUGACGCUAUCACAGCCGCUCGACCGUGAAACCGCCGAUUCCAUUAAAUUGCUGGUUGGCGUCACUGACGUAUCUGGCGCCUCUGUUGAAAUUCCUAUCACUGUUAUUGUUUCAGAUGAGAAUGACAAUCCGCCGACUUUCUCUCAGGCGUUUUACGAUGGAAGUUUGUCGGGGGCAGCGAUCCUUGAAGAAUUCAUAGUCAACGACGCCGAUCUUGUGGGCGAGAUAAUUGAAGUGACCUGUACCGAUAAUGUUGUCAUUUGCGACCAAGUCGACAUCGUUUCCAGCCUGUCAAGCGCGGCGCUAUUUCGAGGCAGCGUCGUUCCUCGAAAGCCGUUGGAUCCUGCCAAUUUGGGAACCAAAUCCAGCUUUACGCUUAUCGCCAACGAUGGCGUGCACACAUCGAGAGCUGAAGUAAAAAUAAUAGUUCCGGGUCUAAGCCGUGAAGAAUCUAGGCCAAUAUACACUGGACCGCUAACGGGAAUUGUGACCGAAGGAGACGACAUCGGCACGCUAGUCUUGACGUUGGCGGCCGAAGUUAUUGGCGGCGGAAGUGUGACCUACCAUUUGGUAGAGAAUCCGGGGGAUCUAUUCGAAGUGGACGCCAUCACGGGCGAACUACGGACAGCCAGAGCUAUAGAUCGUGAAAGCGUGGCACUUAAUGGCUUCCUGUCUGUUACCGUUCGAGUUAGUAAAAGCAGUGACCAGUCAGUCGAGCAGGUUUUGACAAUUAUUGUGCAAGACGUCAACGACGAACCUCCUCGAUUCAAUCAGAAUGAAUAUUUUGCCUUGAUUCACGAAAACCUUCCCUCGGGCACGCCUCUCAGUGGUCUGAAUAUCGUGGCCACCGACCGCGACUCGAAUCUCAAUGCCAUGUUUGAGUUGGAGUUGAUUGAUUCGUCUGGUUUGUUCGUCGUUGAACCUACAUCCGGUGUGGGCUCAACUAAUGUCGGCAUUCGACUAGCAAAAGGACCGCUUGACUACGAGAAUCCCAAUCAACACAAGUUCAUUCUUUUGAUUACGGCUCGCGAAUCUCAGUCGAAAGAGAGACUUUCAUCCACAUGCACUGUCAUUGUUACCGUGCAGGAUGAGAACGAUAACUCCCCAGUGUUCGAACGAGAACUUUACGCUUUGUCGGUUAGUGAAGAGGCCUCUAAUGAAACGGAAAUAGGAAUAGUCGCAGCUUCCGACAGAGACUCCGGACUGUAUGGCCAAAAAGGAUUCAGAUACGAGCUGCUGUUUGGCGACCAACGUACCAACGAUACCUUGUUCAAUGUCGAGCCGACGACUGGCCAAAUCCGAGUGUCACAAUGUCCAACUCCUGGGCGGCAGCCCUGCCUGGACUAUGAGGCACGUUCUGCUUACUUCUUAAUCCUACGUGUUACGGACGAUGAAGGACGGGGAAAUAGCGCUCUAGUGCCUUUGCGUAUUGAUCUACGCGACGUCAACGACAAUCCGCCACUCUUCGAACAGUUCGUCUUUCAAGCAUCAAUAGACGAAGGUGCUACCAAAUUUGAUCCCCCGUUUAAAGUGCGAGCUCGAGACGAGGAUUCGAUUUCGGUGCUCACAUACAGCAUUAUUGACGGUGACCCAACGAAAAUGUUUUUCUUGGAUGCCAAAACGGGUGAAGUUCGAGUUAACAAACCCAUUGAAGUGAAUUCGAGUCACGUGGCCACGGAAGAAUUCAAUCUUAAUAUACAGGUCUCCGAUGGAACUUACAAAGACAUAGCGACUUUAAAAAUUGCCAUACGUGAUGUCAACAAUCAUCAACCUAUAUUCCUGCAGGCCAUCUAUAAUGUAUCCAUCUCUGAAUUGCUCCUUCCAGCUGAAUUUGCUUUUAAAGGCUCAAACGUGACACAAGUAUCCGCCACAGACGCAGAUUUUGGAGAAAAUGCCCGUCUGAGCUACAAAAUUGAGCGUGCGUCGUACAACAAGUUCCAGAUUGAUCCCGAAACCGGAGUGAUAAAAGUGACCCAACCAUUAGAUUUCGACAAGCAAAACACCUACAGCCUCCAGCUGGUGGCUGUUGAUAAUGGAUGGCCUGCAUUAACUGGGUCGGCUGCUGUCUUAGUCAAUGUUCUAGACAAAAACAAUCAUCCCCCAAAAUUUGUUCCCGUUUCCCAACACGCCCAAGCAACUGAAACUGCUAAACUCAAUUCCGUCAUUCACACCCUGUCAGCUGUCGAUCGUGAUGCCAUACCCGGUUCGCUCCGCUAUUCAUUAGUCGAACCCAUCACUGCCGUUGAUAGGGAUGGGAGAGACGUGAAAACGAAUACCAUGUUUAAGAACUUUUUCGGUAUUAACACACUGACUGGUGAUAUUUUCGUGAAAGAAGCCCUUGAUAGAGGAGUGGCAGCAGUUGUUACGUUGACAACGUUAGUAACAGAUACAUCGGCAGAUCCACCUGUCCAGCAACAAAGCAAAGGAUUAAUCACCAUCACUAUUCUGGAUGUCAACGAACAUCCACCCACUUUUACUAAGCCGAGAAACUCUGAAGAGCUUUUCAUCAAUUUGCUCGUGGCUGAAGAACAACCGAUUGGCAGCAUUGUCGGGAAAAUUACUGCUACCGAUCCGGAUUCGCCUAUCGAUCGAUAUGAAUUUCUACCGCCUAAUCCUUUUUUUGCCAUCGACUCACGUUCAGGUGUCGUGACAAACAAGCAGAGACUUGAUUAUGAAGCAUCCCCGGAAUAUAAUCUGACAGUUGUUGCACACGAUGCCGGAAUUCCUUCUUUGUCAUCGACCGCUGAAGUUAAAGUAACGUUGAUUAAUAUCAAUGAUCUUAGCCCCGUUUUUUCGUCGAAAAUGUACGAGGCACGAAUUCCCGAACACUCGCCGGCCGGAACAGCCGUUCUAACCGUUUCCGCUACAGACGGCGAUGCAGGCAGCUUUGGUCGCAUUACGUAUUCGCUGACAGGAGAAAACGCGAAAUACUUUACCAUCGAUUCCAGUGGCAUCAUUACAGUUACAGAUCCAGGAGGAUUGGAUCGUGAGCGAUCGCCAUCAAUGACACUUUUGGUAGCUGCAUCUGAUCUGGCUCUUCCUGGAGUUCGACGGACCACUAUAAUGCCGGUUGAAGUUUAUUUAGAAGACAUAAACGAUAAUCAACCAAAAUUCUUGGACAACACCUACCGGGCGACCGUAGCAGAAACGGUGCCAUUGCUCCCUCCACCACCCAUCGUUCAAAUCACAGCGAUUGAUCAUGAUGCUGGAUUGAACUCGGCCUUGCGUUAUAGUAUCAUCGAAGGAAAUGAGGAGGGGCUCUUCACACUAGAUGCGACAACUGGCAUUUUAUAUCCAGCUUUACCUCUCACUAACCACUCACGCGAGUACACGCUCUCGGUGGAAGUGCGUGAUUUGAAUGGAACGGGAACUAAUUUCGACCGGGCCACCGUCAAAAUCCACGUGCAAAGUGUUAAUCAGAACAAGCCGAGAUUCAUUGUACCAUCUCUUGCCAACGCGACGAUCCACAUUCCUGAAAAUUCCAAAGAUGAAGACCAUUUGGUGCUCGUUCUCAAGGCCGAAGAUGAUGAUCCGGGAGAUAGCGCUACACUUACAUAUCACAUUCGAGUAGGAGAACAACUCGUCCAAGAGACACCCGAAUUCCAGCUGAACCCAAAAAGCGGUGAAUUGCGGACUCGGUUGAAGCUAGAUCGAGAGGCUCAAGCCAGUUUCGAAUUGCUGCUGGUGGCUAAGGAUCAGGGUAGUUCAACAACUUCCUACGAAACGUUGCGCCUUCUAACAGUGAUGGUGGAGGAUGAAAAUGACAAUGAUCCAGAAUUCCCCGUUGAACGGAGGUCCAAAGUAGCGCCCUAUCACUUCCGUAUCGAGGAGAAUGUCCGGCCUGACACUGCUGUUGGCCAAGUUCAAGCUUUCGAUGCCGAUACUGGCCAAAAUGCCAAAAUCUAUUACCAUAUCCUUGCGGGAAACGAAGGCAACUGGUUUUAUAUUGACCGGACGCACGGGUUCGUCUAUAAUCGGGUGGUACUGGAUCGUGAAGUACGCCAUACUUAUGACUUGCUUGUCAAGGCCACAAAUGAUCAUCAGUACUUGACUACUCAGAUGUCUGAAGUUGAUAGAGAAAAACGGCAAGCAAUGGAUCACGAUCCUAGCAUCGCACAGGUUCAUAUUGACGUCGUGGAUAUUAACGAUAACCCGCCUCAUUUCGAAAGAGAAACAUUCUACGCAGGCGUGGAUUAUAGUUCAAACAGUGACAAGUUACUUUUACAUAUCCAUGCAUCUGAUCCCGAUUUCGGCAUCAAUGGCUCCCUGUCCUACUUUAUCCGGUCGUCCAACUUAUUUCAUAUGGGCUCGCAAGUUUCUUCGGGUUCAGUAGUUCCCUCGCCAUUCCAUGUCACCACAGACGGUCGAUUAUUCACCGAAUCGCUGAUGGCCGAAUACAAUCAAGACCGCUUUGUUCUCGAGGUUGUAGCAAGAGAAGAAGCACCUCCGUUCAGAGAAGACACUGCCAAUGUUCAUCUGUGGGUCUACGAACCCAAUCAGCUGUCAAUGAUUGUAGUGGCUAAACCGCUGGAACGGGCGUUGAUAGAGAGGGAGCUUUUAGGUGACGAGCUACGAAACGCCACUCAAUUGUUGAUUGUCAUUGAUGAAAUGAGACAUCACGUGGAAGACGAUGGCUCCCUCAACAAGAAUAAGACAGACGUCUACGUCCAUGGCGUUGACCGUGGAGGAAACAAAACAAUCGCGCCAGUGUCCGAUGUAUUGCGUGCCAUUGAUUUGCAUUAUGACGUGUUACGUUCGUUUAACGACACGGCCAUUGUUAACGUUGUUUCUGCCACUGCCGCACCCAAGAAAGCGCUAUUGGAGCCUGCCAUUAUGGCUCUAAUCGCUCUUUUGGUCGUCCUCUUUGUCGGAUUUGUAAUGGUCAUCUUCACCUGUUGCUGCAUCCGUAAUUGGGAUGUCGUGGCGGCUACAUACCAGCCAGAAUCAAAUAACAAGUCGGCUGCGUCCACUGUCAACAGAGAACGGAUGCUGUCAACUCUCCAACGGCCGUCUCAUCCUGCUUCCCUUUCGCACUCGCCGUCUGAAUUGCUCAACAGCACCGAGAAUCCUCUGUGGAUCGACAAGUACGUUAAACCCUACGAAGAACAGGAGUUGAGUAUGCGUGUGGCGCCGGACAUGGAAAGCCCAAUCCGAACCGGAGGUGCUAGUAACAGUGCGGCCGAUCAAGCCAAUCCUUACGCCACAAUCCAAAAGCCGAGAAGAGCACUGCCUUCUAUUCAUCUGGGUGAAGAGGUGGGCGAGUCUAGCGACUAUGCCACAAUAGGUGGAAGUCCGCAUAAUAAAUACCCUACAUCGAGGGACACUCAAAUCAUUUUAGCGAGUGGAUCGAGCACGCCCCAUUUAAUGAUGAACCAAAAUGGUGAACCCAUACUGGUGGCUGAUUUGAUUUGAACUAACCCAUUUAAAAAAAUUUAAAAGCUUUUUUAACAUUUGUUGACAGUGGAGACGUGGAAUGACGGAGUGUUACUUGGACAUGUGUUAGUAUUUCUUUUUCAAUUCGUUUUGUAUGACGAACUUGGUUUCCAAUCGUCUUUAAGUAUACGCUCAAAAAAUUAAGCCAUUUAUUGUUUGAAUAAAAUGCCCUUUGGUCCUUUCA